AGAUAAAGAGACCUGACGACCCGGGCGGAGAGCCAGACUCCUCACUGACCUCCUCGGACACUCUCUGCAGAGCUUGAAUUUAUCCUUCCAAGAUGUGCUGUACGGGCUUCCUCAAGACGAUGAUGUUCGUCUUCAACGGCGUCAUCUUUUUGGCAGGUGUCGCCAUCUUGGGCGUGGGCAUCUGGGUGCAGGUGGACAGCGGCUCGCUCACGUCCGUGGUGGAGAGCAUACCUGGGGCGCCCCCCGGCCUGGACCAGCUCAGUAGUGUCAGCUACGUCCUCAUCGCCGUGGGCGCCGUCCUGCUCGUCAUCGGCUUCCUGGGCUGCUGUGGAGCCGUGAGGGAGAGCCGCUGUAUGCUGCUCACGUUCUUCAGUAUCGUCCUCAUCAUCUUCAUCAUCGAGGUGGCGGGAGCGAUCGUGCUGCUCGUUUUUGAAGAUCUGGUCCCAAAACUCCUUGAGGGUCUGGAGGACGAAGUGAGGAAGGACAUCACGGAGAAGUACGGGACAGACGAGUCAGCUACUCAAAUCUGGAACAACACGAUGGAGCAGUUCGAGUGCUGUGGUUUUAUGAACUACACCGAUUUCGAUCAGUCGCCAUUUGUCACGACGCGUAACACUUACCCGACGGCCUGCUGUAACGGCACCGAAAUCCAGCAGGGGGAGUGCUCUAAGACUGGAGCAAUGACAUCGAUGGUUCCUGGGUGUUAUUGGAAGCUGCUGGACUUUAUAAAAGAGAACGCCGUGAUCGUCGCCGGCGUCGCUCUGGGAGUCGCUGCUCUAGAGAUCGCGGCGAUGGUGGUGUCCAUGGUCCUGUACAAAGACAUCGGACGAAAGCGAUAGUUUCUCCACAAACGAACGUGUUGUUUUUUGUAUAAAUCUGGAUAAACUGUACAUUUUAUUUAUGUUUGUAAAUACGACGCACUGAAGCAGGUUUGUGAUGAAGUGAGUCGCAAAAACACGAGCCGCUGUUCAUGAAGAAGUGUGUGUGUGUGUGUAGGGGUGUGUGUGUGUGUGUGUGUGUGUAGCUUUAAUGAAACUUGUCAAACUCUUUAUAAAUGAUUCACAAAAACGAUAAAUAAACAGAAUGAUGAUCUGAAGCUGAUGUUUAGAAUCGUGAGCUUCAGUGUUACAUUAAAUAAAACUGAACUUGUGUUUUUUUAACUGUUUUUUUACCUCAUUAAAUCAGAUUAAACUCAAAUCUAAACGUCUCUUUUGUCAAAUCUUAUGUGACUUUGUUACUGCAGACGGGACAGAAAAAUAAUAAACAUUUAAACGUC